GGUAGCGCGCCCAGGAGGGAGAAAGGAGCUGGGGGGCCUGUGACUGCGCCGCCCGCUGGGCCUGAGGGUAUGGACGAGGACGAUCCCCACUCUGAGGGGGCGGCGGUGGUCGCCGCGGCCGGGGAGGCGCUGCAGGCCCUGUGCCAGGAGCUGAACCUGGAUGAGGGGAGCGCGGCCGAAGCCCUGGACGACUUCACCGCCAUCCGGGGCAACUACAGCCUAGAGGGAGAAGUUAUACACUGGUUGGCAUGUUCAUUAUAUGUUGCUUGCCGCAAAAGCAUUAUUCCCACAGUUGGAAAGGGUAUCAUGGAAGGAAAUUGUGUUUCACUUACCAGAAUACUACGUUCAGCUAAAUUAAGUUUAAUACAGUUUUUUAGUAAAAUGAAGAAGUGGAUGGACAUGUCAAACUUGUCACAAGAAUUUCGUGAACGUAUAGAAAGGCUAGAAAGAAAUUUUGAGGUGUCUACUGUAAUUUUCAAAAAAUUUGAGCCAAUUUUUUUAGAUAUAUUUCAAAAUCCAUAUGAAGAGCCACCAAAGUUACCACGAAGCAGGAAGCAGAGGAGGAUUCCUUGCAGUGUUAAGGAGCUCUUUAAUUUCUGUUGGACACUCUUUGUUUAUACUAAGGGUAAUUUUCGUAUGAUUGGAGAUGAUUUAGUAAACUCUUAUCAUUUACUUCUGUGCUGCUUGGAUCUGAUUUUUGCCAAUGCCAUUAUGUGCCCAAAUAGACGAGACUUGCUAAAUCCGUCAUUUAAAGGUUUACCAUCUGAUUUCCAUACUGCUGACUUUAGGGCUUCUGAAGAGCCUCCCUGCAUCAUUCCUGUACUGUGUGAACUACAUGACGGACUUCUGGUAGAAGCCAAAGGAAUAAAGGAGCACUACUUUAAGCCAUAUAUUUCAAAGCUCUUUGACAGGAAGAUUUUAAAGGGAGAAUGCCUUCUGGACCUUUCUAGUUUUACUGAUAAUAGCAAAGCAGUGAACAAGGAGUAUGAAGAAUAUGUUUUAACUGUUGGUGACUUUGAUGAGAGGAUCUUUUUGGGAGCAGAUGCAGAAGAGGAAAUUGGAACUCCUCGAAAGUUCACUGGUGAUGCCCCAUUAGGGAAACUGACAGCACAGGCUAAUGUGGAGUGUAACCUUCAACAACACUUUGAAAAAAAAACAUUAUUUGCACCUUCUACACCACUGACAGGACGACGAUAUUUAAGAGAAAAAGAAGCAGUCAUUACUCCUGUUGCUUCAGCUACCCAAAGCGUGAGCCGGUUACAGAGUAUUGUGGCUGGACUGAAAAAUGCACCAAGUGAACAACUUAUAAACAUUUUUGAGUCUUGUAUGCGUAAUCCUAUGGAAAACAUUAUGAAAACAGUGAAACUAAUAGGAGAGACUUUCUGCCAACACUAUACCCAAUCAACAGAUGAACAGCCAGGAUCUCACAUAGAUUUUGCUGUAAACAGACUAAAGCUUGCAGAAAUUUUGUAUUAUAAAAUAUUAGAGACUGUAAUGGUUCAGGAGACACGAAGACUUCAUGGAAUGGACAUGUCAGUUCUUUUAGAGCAGGAUAUAUUUCAUCAUUCCUUGAUGGCCUGUUGUUUGGAAAUUGUGCUCUUUGCCUAUAGCUCACCUCGUACUUUUCCCUGGAUUAUUCAAGUGCUUAAUCUGCGACCAUUUUAUUUUUAUAAGGUUAUUGAGGUGGUGAUCCGCUCAGAGGAAGGACUCUCCAGGGACAUGGUGAAACACCUGAACAGCAUUGAAGAACAGAUUUUGGAGAGUUUAGCAUGGAGUCAAGAUUCUGCGCUGUGGGAGGCUCUCCAGGCUUCUGCAAACAGAGUUCCUACCUGUGAAGAAGUUAUAUUCCCAAAUAAUUUUGAAACAGGAAAUGGGGGAAAUGUACAGGGACAUCUUCCCAUGAUGCCAAUGUCUCCUCUAAUGCAUCCAAGGGUCAAGGAAGUUCGGACUGACAGUGGGAGUCUUCGAAAGGAUACGCAAUCAUUGUCUCCAAUUUCUGUCCAUGAACGCUACAGUUCUCCUACCGCUGGGAGUGCUAAGAGAAGACUUUUUGGGGAAGACCCCCCAAAGGAAAUGCUUAUGGACAGGAUCAUAACAGAAGGAACAAAAUUGAAAAUUGCUCCUUCUUCAAGCAUUACUGCUGAAAAUAUAUCAAUUUCACCUGGGCAAAGUCUUCUAACAAUGGCCACAGCCAUAGUAACAGGGACAACAGGACAUAAAGUUACAAUCCCAUUGCAUGGUAUUGCAAAUGAUGCUGGAGAGAUCACACUGAUACCAAUUUCCAUGAAUACAACUCAGGAGUCCAAAGUCGAGAGUCCUGUAUCACUUACGGCUCAGUCAUUAAUUGGUGCUUCUCCAAAACAGACCCAUUUGACUAAAGCACAAGAGGUACAUUCAGUUGGAAUAAGCAAACCAAAGAGAACUGGGUCCUUAGCACUGUUUUAUAGAAAGGUCUAUCAUUUGGCAAGUGUACGCUUACGUGAUUUAUGUUUAAAACUGGAUGUUUCGAAUGAGUUAAGAAGGAAGAUAUGGACAUGUUUUGAAUUCACUUUAGUUCACUGCCCUGAUCUGAUGAAAGACAGACAUUUGGAUCAGCUCCUCCUUUGUGCCUUUUACAUCAUGGCAAAGGUAACAAAAGAAGAAAGAACUUUUCAAGAAAUAAUGAAAAGUUAUAGGAAUCAGCCUCAAGCUAAUAGUCAUGUUUACAGAAGUGUACUGUUGAAAAGUAUUCCAAGAGAAGUUGUGACAUACAAUAAAAACCUAAAUGGUGAUUUUGAAAUGACAGAUUGUGAUUUGGAAGAUGCUACAAAAACACCUGACUGUUCCAGUGGACCAGUGAAAGAGGAAAGAGGUGAUCUUAUCAAAUUUUACAAUACAAUAUAUGUAGGAAGAGUGAAGUCAUUUGCAUUGAAAUACGACUUGUCAAAUCAGGACCAUGUGAUGGAAGCUCCACCACUCUCUCCUUUUCCACAUAUUAAGCAACAGCCAGGCUCCCCGCGCCGCAUUUCCCAGCAGCACUCCAUUUAUGUGUCCCCACACAAGAAUGGGUCAGGCCUUACACCAAGGAGUGCUCUGCUCUAUAAGUUCAAUGGCAGCCCUUCUAAGAGUUUGAAAGAUAUCAACAACAUGAUAAGGCAAGGUGAGCAGAGAACCAAGAAGCGAGCAAUAGCCAUCAAUGGUGAUGCAGAAUCACCUGCCAAACGCCUCUGUCAAGAAAAUGAUGACGUUUUACUUAAACGACUACAGGAUGUUGUCAGUGAAAGAGCAAAUCAUUAGUGCCCUUCCCAUUUCUAUGAUAAAAGCACUUUCAGGUUGUUUUGCAGAAAGUUGGGGCUCUAGCUUUCAAAACAUUCAGCCCUGUAGGUAGUAAAUAUCACUGAGUUACAAAAAAAGUUACACCAAAGUUGGGUUUUUUUUACAUUUAUCCAAAAUGUAGUUGACAGAUGUAUUUUGAGUUGGAUUGUAAAGGAAUGUUUUAAGUGCCUUUUAAACAUAUUAAUAGUC